AGGCAGAUGCCACACCACAUACACCUGUUCUUUAGCCCUUUUCUAUUGUAAAUUACAAUACUAGUCAGCUACCUGUCUGAGUGUUCUGAUCUCGUAUCACUUGCACAGCCGCAGGAUCUCUCCUUGGCAUUGUAGCGAGGGUCAUGCCAGUGGCCUUUAGCUCUCCCCCUUUUUAAUCCUCAGUGGCUUGGCUUGUCUUUGCUUGGGCUCGCUUUCGUGAAGGAGGAAAGUGAAGUGAGGGAGGGAGUGUGAGAUCUCAGAGAGUGGAGUGGGAUUGAGAAUGGUAGUCCGGAGCUCUCCACGUUUUCUCUCCCCACUUCGUUUCUUCCUCCUGCUGCUUUUUCUCCUCCCCGCGGCGCAAUGUGGCGUGACCUAUGACAGGAAGGCCAUCGUCAUCAAUGGCCAGAGAAGGAUUCUCAUCUCUGGCUCCAUUCACUACCCUAGGAGCACCCCAGAAAUGUGGGAAGGACUUGCAGAAAAAGCUAAGGAUGGAGGCUUGGAUGUUAUACAGACCUACGUCUUCUGGAAUGGCCAUGAGCCUUCACCUGGCAGUUAUAAUUUCGAAGGAAGGUAUGAUUUGGUGAGGUUUAUCAAGACAGUCCAGAAGGUGGGACUGUACGUCCACCUCCGAAUUGGACCUUAUGUCUGCGCUGAGUGGAAUUUUGGAGGAUUUCCAGUCUGGUUAAAAUAUGUCCCUGGAAUCAGCUUCAGAACAGACAAUGAGCCUUUCAAGAUGGCUAUGCAAGGUUUCACCAAGAAAAUUGUUGAUAUGAUGAAGACUGAAUCACUUUUUGCUUCUCAAGGCGGUCCGAUCAUCCUUUCGCAGAUUGAAAAUGAGUAUGGGCCUGAAAGUAAGGCAUUUGGCGCUGCUGGUCAUGCGUAUUUAAACUGGGCUGCACAAAUGGCUGUCGGGUUGGGAACUGGUGUUCCAUGGGUUAUGUGCAAGGAGGAUGAUGCCCCGGAUCUAGUGAUAAAUACGUGCAAUGGUUUCUACUGUCAUAGUUUCACUCCUAAUAAACCUGAGAAGCCUACCAUGUGGACUGAAGCUUGGAGUGGUUGGUUUACAGAAUUUGGAGGCACCAUCCGUCAACGACCAGUUCAAGAUCUUGCAUUCGCUGUGGCACGCUUUAUACAAAAGGGCGGCUCAUUUAUAAACUAUUACAUGUACCACGGAGGAACUAAUUUUGGGCGCACAGCUGGAGGACCCUUCAUCACAACCAGUUAUGAUUAUGAUGCACCGAUAGAUGAAUAUGGAUUGAUUCGAGAACCAAAAUAUGGGCAUCUGAAAGAGCUUCAUAGGGCCAUUAAGUUGUGUGAGCAAGCUCUUAUUUCGUCUGAUCCUACUGUUACUUCUUUGGGAAGCCUCCAAGAGGCUCAUGUUUUCAGCUCCCAAUCUGGUGGAUGUGCAGCUUUCCUUGCAAAUUACGAUACAAAUUCCUUCGCAAGGGUAAUGUUCAACAACAAGCACUACAGCCUCCCACCAUGGUCGAUAAGCAUCUUACCAGACUGCAGAAAUGUAGUAUUCAACACUGCAAAGGUUGGAGUUCAAACUUCCCAAAUGCAAAUGCGCCCCGUUAAUGCUCAGUCACUCAUGUGGGAGACCUAUGACGAGGAGGUGGCUUCACAGGGAGAAAACUCAUUGAUUACUUCAACUGGGCUGCUAGAACAGAUAAAUGUCACUAGGGAUACGAGUGACUACUUGUGGUACAUCACUAGUCUUGACGUCAAUCCAACUGAAGGAUUUUUACAACGAGGUCAGCUUCCUGUUCUCACAGUCAGAUCGGCUGGUCAUGCUCUUCAUGUCUUUAUUAAUGGACAACUCUCAGGUUCCACUUACGGGACCAGGGAGGAUAGGAAGCUCAAAUUUUCUGGUAAUGUCAAUCUUCGUGCUGGAACUAAUAAAAUUGCGCUGUUAAGUGUGGCUGUCGGACUACCUAACGCGGGCAUGCAUUAUGAGUUGUGGAAUACUGGAGUUCUAGGUCCUGUCGUGUUACAUGGGUUUGAUGGGGGAAGUAAAGACCUAACAUGGCACCAAUGGUCAUAUCAGACUGGUCUUAAAGGAGAAGCUAUGAAUUUAAACUCCUUGGAGGGUGCUUCCUCUGUUGAAUGGAUGCGAUCUUCGUUGGUAGCUCAAAGUGAGCAGCCCUUAACAUGGUACAGGGCAUAUUUUGAUGCUCCUGAUGGGGAUGAGCCAUUAGCUUUGGAUAUGAGUAGUAUGGGAAAGGGCGGCAUUUGGAUAAAUGGACAAAGUAUCGGAAGAUACUGGACUGCCUCUGCCCCUAAUGAAUAUUGCAAUUCAUGCAGUUACACAGGGACAUAUCGAUCACCAAAGUGUCAAAGUGGCUGCGGCCAACCAACCCAACAAUGGUACCAUGUGCCACGUUCGUGGUUACAGCCAUCAAGAAAUCUACUAGUAGUGUUUGAAGAACUAGGAGGUGAUGCGACAAAAAUUUCUCUAGUGAAGAGAUCCAUCUCCAGUGUGUGCGCCGAUGUAUCUGAAUGGCACCCCAUGAUAAAAAAUUGGCAGAUUGAGAGUUAUGGCCAGCCUGAAGAACACCACAAGCCAAAGGUCCACCUCCGAUGCACCCCGGGACAAGUUAUUUCAGCCAUUAAAUUUGCUAGCUAUGGAACACCCCUUGGAACAUGCGGAAAUUUCCAACAGGGGGCAUGCCAUUCAUCAAAUUCCAACAGCAUUUUGGAAAAGAAGUGCAUUGGACUUCAGAGGUGUAUGGUUGCGAUCUCCACCACCAACUUUGGUGGGGAUCCAUGCCCAAAUGUCAUGAAAAGAGUUGCAGUUGAAGCCAUAUGCUCUGCAGUUGCUCAGCCAAUGCAUUGAGCUUCAAAGACACAUAGAGGAAGUUCUUAGUAGCUUGAAAGAUCACCCAGAAGAUCCCGGCGCAGUUGUCGAAGAUAGGUGAUUGUAUUCUGGUAUUUGCAAGUAGAGGAGAAAGACAAUUAGUAAGUGUGAAUUUGUUGUCAUUCCAAGUUACUUAUUUGGAGUCCUAGAUGUUUGGCCUGCCUGAGUUUAAUCAGAAGACAGCGCCAGAAUAGAAAGCAAGAGGAAAGUAGAGAAAAAUUCUCUCUCCUUGUGCUUUGAUAGAGGUAUGUUACUUUAAGUAUGGUGAUGAACUUGUCAUUUUUAUGUGAUUUUAGGUGUUGCAAGAAUCAAAAUUCCUUUUUCUUGCUGUUC